AUGGGGUCGUGGUUUUCUCCUCUCUUCAUCGCUGUGAUCACACUGGGAUUGCAGUGGCCAAAGGAAGCUGCAACCUUCCCGGCCAUGCCCCUUUCCAACCUGUUUGCCAACGCUGUGCUCAGGGCUCAGCACCUUCACCUCCUGGCUGCCGAGACGUACAAAGAGUUCGAACGCACCUAUAUUCCGGAGGACCAGAGACACGCCAACAAAAAUUCCCAGUCGGCAUUUUGUUACUCAGAAACCAUUCCUGCUCCCACAGGGAAGGAUGAUGCCCAGCAGAAAUCAGACAUGGAGCUUCUUCGGUUUUCACUGGUUCUUAUCCAGUCCUGGUUGACCCCGGUGCAGUACUUAAGCAAGGUGUUCACAAACAAUCUGGUUUUUGGCACCUCAGACAGAGUCUAUGAAAAACUGAAGGACCUAGAAGAAGGGAUCCAAGCUCUGAUGAGGGAGCUGGACGACCGGAGCCCUCGCGGGCCGCCGCUCCUCAAAUCCACCUACGACAAAUUCGACAUCCACCUGCGCAACGAGGACGCCCUGCUGAAGAACUACGGCCUGCUGUCCUGCUUCAAGAAGGACCUGCACAAGGUGGAGACCUACCUGAAGGUGAUGAAGUGCCGGCGCUUCGGCGAGAGCAACUGCACCAUCUGAGGGGGCGGAGGGGGCCCCCAACCCCGGCCCCCGUCUGCUGCGGAGGAAGAGCCGGGGCCGCUCUCCGGCCCCCCCAGGGACCCCCCGCGCCUUGUACAGGGGGGUCGCUUUGGCCUGAGGAGA